CUGCUGCCUCUGCUGAUGCUCCAGGUUUGGAGAGCUGGCAUCUCCGGCGCAGACUCGCUGGGAUGCGCUCCAGCUCCCUCCCUCCCUCUAGCCUUAAGCCUUGCAGAAGUGAAUCCCAUAAUCAGGUCACACUUCAGUGUCUGUGGAUACAACGUACAGCACGUCUAUUCCCUCUGAAGAUAGCAGGGUGCGAAGUAGCAAGCGGAGGACUGAAAUUCGUGUUGCCCAGCAGCGCAAAGCACCAGCGGGAGCAGCUGCAAGCAAAGCGGAAGACGAGGAUGCAAACCCUGGGGUACAGCCUCCUCCCUUUGCUAAUUUUGGCCGUGCAGACGGCGGCCAGUGAACGGGACGUCAAAGGUGGAAAAGAUGCAGAGAAUCCUGGCAAUUUCAUGGAGGACGAGCAAUGGCUGUCCUCCAUCUCCCAGUACAGCGGCAAGAUCAAACAUUGGAACCGCUUCCGAGAUGAGGUAGAGGAUGACUACAUUAGAAGCUGGGAUGGCAAACAGCCCUUUGAUGAAGCUCUUGACACUACCAAGGACCCUUGCCAGAAAGUAAAAUGCAGUCGACAUAAAGUGUGCAUAGCCCAGGGUUAUCAGAGAGCCAUAUGUGUUAGCCGCAAGAAGCUGGAACACAGAAUAAAGUUGCCAGCCCAGAAGCUGCAUGGAAACAAGGAAGGCCCUUGCAAGCCAUGCCAUGUGACACAGCCUGCUGCAGUCUGUGGUUCUGAUGGACACACCUAUGCUUCCACGUGCAAGCUGGAACAGCAAGCCUGUCUCACUGGAAAGGAGAUCACAGUUAAGUGUGCAAGCCAGUGCCCAUGUGCAACAGAACAUACACCCAUUGCAGAUGUGGAUCCUAGGCAAGAGCCUUGUACUGGGCAAGAUCUAGCAGAUCUUGGUGACCGACUCAGGGACUGGUUUCAGCUUCUUCAUGAAAAUGCCAAGCAAAACAACACAGGAAAUCCAGGUGGAAACUCCCCAGUGCUAGAUAAGAGUGCAGUUGCUGGUUGCAAAGAUUCCAUUGGCUGGAUGUUUACCAAACUGGACACAAAUGCUGACCUCUUCCUUGACAAGCCUGAGUUGGCAGCCAUAAACUUGGAUAAGUAUGAAAUUUGUGUGAGGCCGUUCUUCAACUCUUGUGAUACCUACAGGGAUGGCAAGGUCUCUACAGCAGAAUGGUGCUUCUGUUUCUGGCGAGAAAAGCCACCUUGCCUUGCAGAGCUGGAAAGAAUUCAGAUCCAAGAAGCAGGAAAGAAAAAAGCUGGGACAUUUAUUCCUAGCUGUGAUGAGGAUGGAUAUUACAGGAAGAUGCAGUGUGACCAGAACAAUGGCGAGUGUUGGUGUGUUGACCAGCAUGGAAGUGAAUUAAGUGGUACCCGGAUGCAUGGAACGCCAGACUGUGAUGAUCUUGUAGGAUUCUCAGGAGAUUUUGGGAGUGGUGUUGGAUGGGAGGAUGAAGAAGAGAAAGAGGCUGAGGAAAAUGGAGAAGAAACAGAGGAAGAAGAAGCCGGGGAGGCUGAUGAUGGCGGAUACAUUUGGUAAACCUGCAGCUCUGUGCCAGAUGUGGUAGCAAUGCUUGGAGAUUGCAAUCAUUUAGUAGGAGAAUUGUCACAGCAACUGAUGAUCUCAUAUUCCUUUGUUUAGAGGAGCAGAGCAGGAGGUGUAAGCUUUGCAAGUCCUGAUGAAAAUACUGAUGAAAGCUGCAAAACGUUGUUACUGCCUCCCAUCAAAGCAGAGAAUCACCUGAAAUAAUCAAAUAAGAAAACUGCAUUUAUCGCUCUGUUUCUUCAUUUUAAAAUAAAUACACAUAUUACUCAUAUUCACACAUGCUUAUAAAAGAGGUGUAUGCUGUACAUCAGAAUAUGUUAAAAUAUACUAUCUUUCAGGUGGGCUGUGCACCUCUAAUGGUCCUAUAAACAAGUAGGCUCUACAUUAUUUGGAUUAUCCAUGCAUACAUAAGUGAUAAUGUCAGAAACGCCAAAAGAUAAACAGUGGGGUAUGGAUGAGCUAUAAUUCUCUUAAUGGCUGAAAUAUAUUUGUUGUAUAAAUGUUGUACAGCAGAAUGAUGCAUUUCUUGUAUUAUAGUAUAGUAUCUCUUUUUAGAUCUAGUGUGCUGUAUUUAUACAAGGCUUUUAAUGUCAAUUACUUGCAUCACAACAAGACCUGAUUUUGUUUUAACAUCAUAUGGGCUGGAUACAGUUUUGUACUUGUUUUGCUGUGUUAAUGUGCUGAUGAUAUGGGGUCCCCAGGUGGGCUAGAGGAACAGGGUUUCUGUACUCACUUUGCUUUUAACACCAUUAGUGUCUGUCUGAAAACCUGAUGAAGUGCUUGGGACCUUUCUCCCAGUAAGGAGUAUAUGGUAAAUUUAAACUCUCAAGAUCAAUCUCUCAUAGUGAAUAUUUAGCUGUCCUGUAUUAACUAAAAGAUUUUUUGAGGAUUUUUAAUAUAUCCAUCCAUAUAAUUUUUUUUCACUUUCUUGAAGUUUCUGUGACUAAGACAGGAAAAUAUUGUUUUUCUUUUGUAAGCCUGAAGUAGUAAAAUAACACAUCAUUUCAGUUUUAGGGAAAAAUGUAAGUCAAAUGAAAUGCUAAUGCAAUGGAAAUAGAUUUGUGAUUUAUACAAUGCAAGUACAAAUAUGAUGACGAUAGUUAAACCUACUUCAGGGCAGUCAUAUUGCAUGUGAUUUACAAUACAAGAUUGUAAUUUAGAAAGAUUUGUUUUCACCUGGGUACAGAAUAGGAUGCUGUAGAUAAAGUUCACAAAUGCAGUGAUAUUGUACAUUUGCUUUGCUGUAUGAACUAGACAGUUGGAAAAAAAAAAGCAAGAAUUAUACAAAAGGGAAAAGUUCCCAUUAAAAAAUGUAACACUCUGUUGGCAAACCUUGUUCCUGAUCCGUUUACUGAGUUUCAAGGGAUUUGUGGGAGCCUCAACAGUUUUGGCAUACUAAUAAUUCAUUGUUGUUAUGCCUUCUCACCCAGUACUGACCAGUUUUUCUAACUUUCCAGGUAAGACUAACAUAAAUAAAAUGAUAUCUUUGCAGUCUUAUUUUAUUCAAGAAAGCAACUAGACAUAAUAUAGAAAUAUUUAAUGCCUUCUAGCCCAACUGCUGUUUAUGUGUCUGAGGAGUCACAGGCAGGAUGGACUACAGAAAACAUCUUCCAUGCAGGGUUCAUUAUCAUUUGAGAAAACAAUACUUAAAUAUCAAGUGACCUUGUAAGAGUAGGAGGAAACACGAUGCAAGCUAGAGAUUUUAUUACAGCUUAGUUCUUAGAUCACUUAGAUUUGUAUCUAUUGCAAGUAUAUAUAGGUUCUCACAUACAUUAGAGUAAGUCCAUCCUGGCCUUUCAGAUUAGCUAUCUGUUGUAAAGUUACAGUAACUGAAUAUACAGUUUGUUGAUAUUAGAAGCUGUCAAGCUAAUGAUUUAGCUCUGUAUUAGUGUUUGCAACAUUCUCUGUAAGUUAAGACCUAAGAUGCUAAAAUAAUAAAACAACAUGGUCAAGCCUG